AUGGGGGGCAACCUGGGCUGCCACCGCUCCAUCCCCAGGGACCCGUCGGACCUGUGCCGCAGCCGCAAGUUCAGCGCCGCCUGCAACUUCGGCCACAUGCUGGUCAACCAGGAGCGGCUGAACAUCAACACGGCCGCCGAGGAGGAGCUCAUGACCCUGCCCGGCGUCACCCGGGCGGUGGCCCGCAGCAUCGUGGAGUACCGGCAGUACAUCGGGGGCUUCAAGAAGGUGGAGGACCUGGCCCUGGUCAGCGGGGUGGGCGCCGCCCGCCUGGAGCAGGUCAAGUGCGAGAUCUGCGUGGGCGGCAAGGGCGGCUCGGCCCAGCACUCGCCCACCUCCCUGCGGCGGGACCCGAACCCGGACCCCCUGGGCGCCGCCAAGGUCAACGUCAACACCGCCACCCCCGCCCAGCUCAUGAGCAUCCGCGGCCUCACCGAGAAGAUGGCCCAGGGCAUCGUCGCCUGCCGCCAAGAGCACGGGCCCUUCAAGAGCAUCGAGGACCUGGUCAAGGUGGGCUGCGUCAACUCAUCCUUCCUGGACCGCAUCCGGACCCAGGUGUGCGCCGAGCGGUCCAGGCCCCCUUCCGCCAACGCCAACGGGGGGCUCACCUUCGCCGCCAAGCCUCACCCCAGCCCCACCUCCCUCAGCCUCCAGAGCGAGGAUUUGGAUUUGCCCCCCGGAGGGCCCGCUCAGAUGAUCUCCACCCGCCCCACCGUGGAAACGUUCGGCGGGGUGAGGGAUGGGAAGCCCGUGCUCAGGGUGGCCGCUUGGAACCUGCAGAGCUGCUCUGUUGAAAAAGCCAACAACCCUGGCGUGCGGGAGGUCGUGUGCAUGACGGUCCUGGAGAACAGCAUCAAGCUUUUGGCUGUGCAGGAGUUGGUUGACAGAGAUGCACUGGAAAAGUUUUGCAUGGAGUUAAAUCAGCCAACUCUGCCGAACAUUCGUAAGUGGAGAGGCCCUCGAGGAUGCUGGAAAGGAGUUACUUCCGAGAAGCUCUCAGGCGAACCCCACAAGGGUGUGGAAUAUUCGGGCUUCUUGUGGGAUGUGAGUGCGGGUGUGGAGUUGAAAGAUGCCACCAUCUAUGAGAACACGCACACAAAUGGGAAUGGGAGGCAGGCCUACCCUCAGCCUUAUGUUGCACACUUUAAGGUGGGGAUGAAUGAUCUAACACUGGUGAACGUUCAUCUGGCCCCUUUGCCCUCAACGGGAGACAAUGCUGUGAAAAACCACAAUAGCCACAAAUUAGCAGCCUUUGCACAGACUCUACAGGAAACGCUGAAAGGAGAAAAAGAUGUGGUCAUUUUAGGUGACUUCAGUCAAGCUCCUGACAGUAGCGACUGUGACUUGUUGAGGAAGGAGAAGUUCCACCAUCUGGUCCCCGCCAAUACGUUUACAAACAUCAGUACAAAGAACCCUCAGGGUUCAAAGUCACUGGACAACAUCUGGAUCAGUCGUAGCUUGAAAAAGAUUUUCACUGGUCAUUGGGCCGUGGUGAGAGAAGGUCUUACUAACCCCUGGAUCCCUGACAACUGGUCAUGGGGGGGAGUAGCCUCAAGCCAUUGCCCAGUGUUGGCCGAAUUCUACUUGGAAAGAGACUGGAACAGAAAGGAUGCAAUUCGAAAUGGAAAUGGGGUGACGGUGGAACAUAGUGACUCAAAUGCGAAACAUGAGCGAUGA